CGUGCUCGCAUUCUCGUUGUCAAUGUUGUGUGGUCACAGGGUGGACGCGGUGGUUCUCCUGGCGGCCAACAGGCCAUGCAACAGUCCGUUGGCCCACCGCCACCGCAACAGUUCAUGGCGCCAGCCUCAGCAGCUCCACCUCCGCAUUUCUAUGCAACAGCCCAGCCGGUCUAUGGUAUGUAUUCUGCACCUACGGGUCAAGGAAUGGUGGUUUAUGGUGGUCCUGGGGGUGUGCCAAUGGCAAUGCCGCCCACACAUCAUGAUCCCACACUGAUGCAGCAACCACAUCCACAACAAGCUCAACAACAACAGCAGCAAGGUGGUGGUGUACCACCGCCACCACAUCAACAGUACACCAUGCCACAUGAAGGUUACGGUAGUUUUGUGCAAGCCGCCUCAUUUUAUCAACAGCCACCGCCGAACCAAAUGUCUAGACAAAAUUCGGCACCACAAGCUAUAUAUCAGCAGCAGGGACCUGGGGGUCCUCCACCACAGCAACAGCAAGCACCUCCAAAUCCGCCUUCGACCGCGCCUCCACAGCAGCAGUAA